CCAACCGUACACUUUAUUCGCCAAGCUGGUACGCGUUUAUAUCAUGGACAGACAGCCUUUUAUAAAAGGGAAGAGCCCAAGACUAGCUCAGCAAAAGCAGAUCACAGCAGCCGAUCGAGUACUUGAAGACAUCGGACAACUUUCCUUCAUCAAGAAUGGUGAAUGCAAAAGCAAAAGCAGGCCAAUGGCUAUAUCUCCUUGUUUGCAUACUGAUACUGCUGAAAGCAGAAGGUGCUGGAGUUGGAAUUACUUAUCUAGACAGUGCUGUGGCCAAAGGAGCUGUUUGCUUGGAUGGAAGCCCGCCGGCUUACCAUUUCGAUAAGGGGUUUGGUUCUGGAGUUAAUAACUGGUUGGUUCAUAUGGAGGGAGGAGGAUGGUGCAAUAACAUCGAGACUUGUGUGGCUCGCAAGAAAACUGAUACAGGCUCAUCAAAGCUUAUGGUCAAGUCAUUUGGCUUCUCUGGGAUUCUUGGCAGCAAGCAAAGUUCUAAUCCCGACUUUUACAAUUGGAACAGAAUUAAGGUUAGGUAUUGUGAUGGUUCAUCUUUUACUGGUGAUAUUGAAGCAGUUGAUCCAGCUAAUCAGCUCUACUUCAGAGGAGCGAGAGUUUGGCGGGCAAUCAUGGAUGAUCUAUUAGCAAAAGGGAUGAAAAAUGCUCAAAAUGCUAUUCUUUCGGGUUGUUCUGCUGGUGGAUUGGCUUCCAUUUUGAAUUGUGACAGAUUUCGAUCUCUAUUUCCUACAACUACCAAGGUUAAAUGCAUUUCAGAUGCUGGCUUCUUCCUCAACGCGAAGGAUGUUUCUGGAGGGUCCCUUAUCCAAACCUUCUACAGUCAAGUAGUUGCAACUCAUGGAUCAGAUAAGAAUUUGCCAGCAUCCUGCACUUCAAGAAUGAGUCCAGAAUUGUGUUUCUUCCCUCAAAAUGUUGUCCCCUACAUGCAAACCCCAAUCUUUUUCAUAAAUUCAGCUUAUGACUUCUGGCAGAUUAAGAACAUUUUGGCACCAAGUGCUGCUGAUCCUAAAAAGCAAUGGAAAAACUGCAAGCUCAAUUUGACAACAUGCUCAGCUGCUCAACUCCAAACAAUUCAAGGUAACUACCAAGUUAGCAAUGAAGCUUACAUUUACAGCCUAUGUUCUCAUUUUUCUUUCAAUCAACUCUUGCGAACAUGCACGUGGAAGAUUCUAGAAAGUCAAGAAUCUAUAUAAUCUCUGGGCUCAUUUUCAGAUUACAGGGGACAAUUUGUCAGUACAGUGACCAGAGCAGCUGGUAACUCCUUGAGGAUAGGCAUGUGGAUAGACUCUUGCUAUGCUCACUGUCAAUCAGGGAGGCAGCUGACAUGGUUGAGUGACAGUUCUACACAAGUUGCUAAUACAGUAAGUUUAUUUCCUCCAUUUUCCCUCACUCCCCCCCUCCCCUUUUCUACUUUUGUUUGUCACUUAUACUGAUAUUUCUCUUCUGAAUGAAAAUUAAUGUAUAAUGCAGAAAAUUGCUGUGGCUGUUGGAGACUGGUUUAAUGAAAGGGGUUUGGUGCAGAAGAUAGAUUGCCUUUACCCUUGCAAUCCUACUUGCCAAGCCCCAGAUUCUGAAUCAUAACUUUUACAAGAAAUGUAUUAUUGAAGGCGUUAUGCAAAAACAUGGCAUUAUGCAUUUUCCAAAAGUGUAAUCUCAUAUGUAGACCAUGGUCCAUAUUUAUUUGUUUAAAAGAAUAAAAAAGCUCUACAAAA